CACCUUUCUCCCUCCUUCACCACGUCUAUCACAUACUCGUCGCAACACAAGGGCAUUUAUGUCAUUUGCCGAAUUACAAUCAGGAUGGCUCCACAAGCUAAGCUGGGUGAACAUUCAUCGGUCUUGGCGAAAGCGACACUUUGUUCUCGGUGACAAAGAGCUACGCUAUUAUAAACACCAGGGCGAUAUCAGACCUACGGGAAUCGUUGAUCUCAAACAUUACCGCGACGUGACGCCAUGCAGCACCAAGCAAUCACAGUGGUCUUUUCGAAUAGAUUCUGGAUGUCGACACCAUUUCAGCCAUAUCUUGCAUGCCGACAGCGAGGCUGAUAGAGAGAUAUGGGUGCAAGCGAUUCGAAUCAAAAUUCACAAACAACAUAACCAACACAGUUGCAGUCAUAGCUACUACGAUGAUUCUGAAGACACGCUAACAACAGCAAUCAACAAUAAUAACACCAACGAUAGUGUGUUGGACAAAUGGCUGGAGCGAUUGGACUUACAAGAAGAUAACGCGCCGCCACCAUCGGCUGUUUUGACUUUCCACCCGAAUCUGUCUCACCAACGACAGCAUCACCGUCUUCUACUGUCACUCCAUCUCCUUCGUCACUCGGUGAAAGCAAUCAUAACUCUCGGACAUCGAUGCUUGCCAAUGCGUUUGCUAUCAACGCUCGAACACGGUUAAGAAGACGCGUGACGACUAACUCAUCAUCAUCAUCAUCAUUGGAACAGCAACAACAACAGCAACCGUCAUCUCCACGAACAUCUAAUGAAACAACGGGUCAUCCUGAUAGCGAGUGGUCUGCAUUGGAACUUUUCCAUUUUGAGGAAGACGCUGCAUCUACCAACAGCAGGCCGCCAUCCAUCUCUUCUUCUUCUGCUGCUGCUGCUGCUGCGUCACAACAACAACAAGGAAAGUACAACAC